AUGACCAUCGAAUACGCCAAACGAGGAGGAAGAGGAGGAAGAGGAGGCCGAGACCCCCGCCGCCGCCGCCAGCCCAAUCCCGAGGCCGGCGCCUUCACCUCCGCCGUGCCGCCGCCCCGCACCCGCACCCGCACCCGCCUCCAGGCGGAGAAGGAGAAGGAGAAGGAGGCGGAGGAGCAGGACCGGGAGUCGCCCUCCCUCUUCGUUACACGUAGUGAUCGUUCCUAUACGGAUACGGAGCCCCCGGUGAGGACGGAGGACUUGGAGAAGGAGUUGACCCUGGAGUCACUCCAGGCGGAGAUGAAGGCCGAGCUUAAAGCGUUGCGUAAGAUCCUCAGUAAGCAAAAGGAGGCGUAUGGCAAGUUGGAAAAGAGAGCCGAGAAACUAGAGGCGGCGAAUAGAAUAUUGGCCGGAGCCAACGAAGUCCUCCGGGGAGAGGUGCAGCUGCUGUGGGAGAGAGUGGGAGAGUUCCCCCAAGAAUCCGAAGAUUAGCUAAUUGACUGUGUGGAC